AUGCGGCUGAAGCGUGGAGUCGAGCGGGCGUCCUGCGACUUCUGCCAUCGGCGCAAGAUCAAGUGCGAUCGGCCUUUACGAGAAUCACAAGGCCAUGAUUCUUGCUCACCGUGUUCUUUGAGAGGGAUUCAGUGCCUUCUUGACGAUUCAGAUGAUGUUCGGCUUCGUAGACGACGAAGAGCUGUUGUUCGCGAUGAGGAGCGCGUGGAGCAGAGCCCAUCGCUGUUGGUUACAGCUCCUGCUGAUGCAGGCCUGGAACAGUCGUUGCCCUCUUAUUUCCCGUCAAAUUUGGAUGAUGGUAUCUCAUCGUCAUUGGAUCAGUCGCCGGACUUUUCAUUCAUCGACACUCCAUUUGAACUCAGCCCAGAAAGCAUCUUAUUCCUUGACCAAGUUUUCUUGGGUGGUUUUGAAACACCAUUAGAAUACCUUCAACCACAAACCUUGACGGAUAUCGAUAUCCAAUCCUCCCUGACCACGGAUGUUGCUACUCAGAACAAUGCAAGUGAGUCGCUUAGGGACGCUUCAGCAUUCAGUAUUUCUCAAAAGCCCUGGCUCGAUUGCGGUCUUGACGAGGCGACGUUUUAUUCAGCAUUACAUGCUUAUUUUGAUUUCGCCGCCGUUCAUCUUCCGGUUCUUAUAGAAGACGCCUUCUGGCAAGACUACCGCGCUGGGAGGUGUAGCCUUGCCCUCGUUUAUGCCAUUGCCUGUCGAGGAAUAUCCUUCUCAAAUACUUUAGAGAGCUGGAACGAGCAGCAGCUUCUAGCCCUCAAAUUCAGAGAAAAGUUCUUAGAAGCCCAGCAGAAUGCAACCAGCAAGUCGGUCAUGCGUCUUGACGACCUUGAAGCACUCGCCAUCAUGGUCAACUGGACAUAUGACGAAACACAAAGCUCAUCUCUUCACUCGCAAUUGGGAAGGCUUUUUCUGACGCACGAGGCUCUCGUCUUGGCCACCCUCCAAUGUCAGAUGCAAGAUUGUGAUGAAGUAGGGCAAUCAGGCCCAACAGUACCGCUUGCGCGUUCGAAAGAGCGCCGCAAACUCCUGUUCUGGCACGUGUACGGCCUCGAUGCUUUCCAUAGCUUGGAUCAGAAGACCAUGUCACGAAUUCCAGACGGUAAGAAUAGCGAAGUCUCGUCAAAGUUGCCCCGAAUUGACUCUGGGAGCUAUCUUGAUGCUAUUCUUAGCUUAGCCAUUGUUGCGAGAGAGAUUUUGCAAGCUUUGGUGACGGUCAGCACGAAACGGAAUGGCGUUAAAUGUACUGACUUGAUGAGUAUUUACGACAGGCUCAGUCAUUGGCAGAAACACGACUGUCCUUCUCAUCUUCGUAAAAAGAGAGAUGCUGAUGGCAAACUGGUACCAUUGGCCAUAAACGAGUCUAGCAAGGCUAAGUUUCUUCAGCCAUUGCACUGUUCCAUCCUUUGGCUUCUGGAAAUCAACUGUUACAUGCAGAUUGAAGAUUGCGUUUCGCAGUAUGGCGUGCAAACUGGAGCUCCUUUGGAGGGGGAUAUGAUGGCUCUCCGAGUGGAAUUCGAGGCCCUUCGUGCGGUACAUGACGGAGUGGAGAUAUCUCGAUGGAUGAGGCAAUAUUCAGCUUCAGCGACGCGUGGUGGCAUCACCCAGAGUCAUUCUCUAAUCGAUCUUGCACCAUCAAUUGCACGCGAUAUUUGUGCCGGUUUAUGCUACUGGACAUGUGAGCGUGGCAAGAAAGUGUUCCGUCAUGGUUCCUCAGGUCUCACCAAUAUUCGCCCCAGAAAUCGGCAACAAGAAGCAAAAGGCGAAAAAGAUCAAAGGAAGCAAGAUAUCAACGACUACAGAGAAGGUGCCAAGGAAUUCCGCAGUGCUGUGGCAACGGCAACAUCACACAGAGAUACAGAAUAUGUUCUGGAGCGGCUGGAUAAGCAGAUUGCCUCGUUUGAGGAAGUCGUGGCACAGUAG